AUGUCAGUCCUCAUCUCGAACGAAGAUUGCUUGACAGUGCGUGCCGUGGAAAAGAUAGAGGCCGGGCAGGCUGCUCGUGCCCGGGGCGGUGUUUAUGAAUACAACCACAAGGACGUUAUUCUUUACAACCUCGGCGUUACGGCCAAACGCAAUGAUUUGCCUCUUGUCCUCGAGACGGAUCUGAACUUUCAGCCGGUACCAACUUUUGGGACCAUUCCAGCCUUCUUCUCUCGCUUGCCCGUCGAGUUCAAAGAUAUUUUGCCCAAGUGGAACCCACUGGGCUACGUCCAUGGAGAGCAAUACCUCGAGAUUCGCAAAUAUCCCAUUCCAACUGCAGGCAGGCUUGUCACGCAUAGCCGACUCCUUGAGGUGGUCGACAAGAAGAAAGCAGCCAUUGUGACCAUGGCUCACAUCACACGCGAUGAGGUUACCGGGGAAGAUGUGUUUUACAACGAGGUCUCUCUGUUCGUGAAAAAUGCUGGUGGCUUUGGCGGCCAAACCCAGCCCAGUCUCAGCAACUCAAGGACAUACACGGCGCCGGAUUUCAUAUGUGAAGAUAAAACAUCCGAGGAGCAAGCGGCACUAUACCGGCUGAGUGGUGAUUAUAAUCUGGGGCAUAUAGACCCCGCUGUUGGUAGGGCUGUUGGGUUUCCUGCCCCGAUUCUUCACGGUCUCUGCUUCUUUGGUAUUUCGGGGAAACAUAUCGUCCAACAAUAUGGCCGAUACAAGAGUAUCAAGGCCGCUUUGUUGAGAGUGUCUUCCCUGGGCAGACCCUCCGGCCCGAACUGUGGAAGGAGGGUAAAACAGUCACUUUUCAAACAAGAGUUGUUGAAACGGGCAAAGUGUGCAUUGCCGGUGGAGGGGUGGAGCUAUUGA